AUCAAAGCGCCACGGCCGGGGCUCGUGGCUCCGAUGGGGGGAAUUUGCCACUUUGGGGGACUAAGAAAAGGCGUCGACGGAGGGGACUCGCCAAAGACCCAGUGAAACAGGAAAGCAGCAGUUGAUCGCCCCCCGUCAGAGCUGACUCCUUUCCCUUGGGUCUGGAUCAGGUGCCUCUCAUUUCGGCGGCUGCUUUCCCAUCCCACGGCGGAAUGCUGUAGCCUGAAAUACUGUACGCGCCGGGAGAAAAGGGGAAAGGGCUCUCCUCGAGUAAAGCUGAAGACCUCCUCGCAACCAUGAAGAAGAACCAGAUCCGAAGUUGCCUGCCUGCGCUAACUCUUCUCCUGUGGAGCGUCCGCCCUGCAGGUUCUCAAGCAGUCUGUGCAGGCACCCAAAACGAGCUCAGCGUGACAGGAGAUGCCCAGCAACGGUAUCAGACACUGUAUAAAAUGUACAACAACUGUGAGAUCGUCAUGGGUAACCUUGAGAUAGUGCUCAUUGGACAAAACCAGGAUCUUUCUUUCUUGCAGACUAUCCGAGAAGUGACUGGCUAUGUUUUGAUCGCCAUGAAUGUCUUCACUUACCUGCCAUUGCAGAACCUCCGCAUGAUACGUGGGACCCAGUACUACGAGGACAAGUAUGCCCUCUAUGUGGUCCUCAACUAUGAAAAAAAUGUCACACAUGCUCUACACCAGAUGGGUUUCAAUCAACUCACGGAAAUCCUCUCUGGGGGUGUCUAUAUUGGGAAGAACAAACAGUUGUGUCACGUGAACACAAUUGAUUGGGAAGACAUCAUCCGAGAUCCAAAAUUCCAUGCAGUGGUCCAUGACAAUGGGGAGAAGUGUACUCCAUGCCAUGAAAACUGCAACAGCCAUUGUUGGGGGCCUGGUCCUGAGGACUGUCAAAAAUUGACAAAGACCAUCUGUGCUCCCCAGUGCAAUGGACGCUGCUUUGGUCCCAACCCCAACGAAUGCUGUCAUGACGAGUGUGCAGGAGGCUGCACUGGGCCUCUCAAGACAAAGUGUUUUGCCUGUCGCCAUUUCAAUGACAGUGGAGCCUGUGAAACCCUCUGCCCUCAGCCAAUGAUCUACAACAGACUCACCUUUCAGCUGGAGCCCAAUCCUGAUGCUAAAUACCAGUAUGGUGGCGUGUGUGUCAAAAAUUGCCCACAUAAUUUUGUGGUGGAUCGGACCUCCUGUGUCAGGACCUGUCCCAAUGACAAAAUGGAAGUUGACAAAAAUGGCCAGAAGAUCUGUCAGCUUUGUGAGGGACUCUGCCCAAAAGCUUGUGAAGGGACCGGUAUUGGAAGUAAAUAUCAGACAGUGGAUUCCAGCAACAUUCACCGAUUUAUCAACUGCACCAAAAUCUUGGGCAACUUGGAUUUUCUUAUCACUGGUCUAGAAGGAGACCCUUGGCACAACAUAAGUGCCCUGGAUCCAGAAAAACUCAAUGUCUUCCGGACAGUGCGAGAGAUCACUGGCUACUUGAAUAUCCAGUCAUGGCCCAAGCACAUGCAGAAUUUCAGCAUCUUCUCCAACCUGGUCACCAUUGGUGGGCGCAGCCUGUAUAACCGUGGAUUUUCUUUGCUGAUCAUGAAGAACAUGAACGUCACCUCUUUAGACUUCCGCUCGCUUCGGGAGAUCAGUGCUGGCCAGGUCUACAUCACUGAGAAUCGGCAACUUUGCUAUUAUCACACCAUCAACUGGGCACGUCUCUCUCGCCGACGUCCGGAUCUUAACAUCAGGAGUAAUAAAUCUCCCAGGAAAUGCAUUCAAGAGGGAAAGGUCUGUGAUCCUCUUUGCUCCAGUGAUGGUUGUUGGGGGCCUGGCCCAGAUCAGUGUGUCUCCUGCCGUAACUACAGCCGUGAAGGUGUCUGCAUUGUCUCCUGCGAUUUUUACGAGGGGGAGAGUCGAGAAUUUGCUCAAGGGGAUGUUUGCUUGCUGUGUCAUCCACAAUGCCGGAAGAUCGAGGGAGGCCUCACCUGUAAUGGACAAGGUGCUGAUGAGUGUGUGAUCUGUGCAAACUAUAAGGAUGGGCCACAUUGCGUUGAAAGCUGCCCAGCAGGGAUCCUUGGGGUGAAGGGACUAAUCUUCAAGUACCCUGAUGCCAACAAAGAGUGCUGGCCAUGCCAUGAGAACUGCUCCGAGGGGUGUACUGGUCCAGAGAUUGGAGACUGCAUCAUUGUGGUACAGCCUAACUCCAGGAAAGCUCCAACAGUGAUUGCUGUGAUGGUUGUGGGCUGCCUCUUCGCCUUCUGUUCAUGUGUUUUGCUCACCUUCUUGUACUGCCGUGGCAAGAAGAUUCAGAAGAAGAGAGCCAUGCGCAGAUACUUGGAGAGAGGGGAGAGUUUGGAACCUCUGGAUCCCAGUGAGAAGGCCAAUAAGGUCCUGGCUCGAAUCUUCAAGGAGACAGAAUUAAAGAAGCUGAAAGUUCUAGGAUCGGGAGUAUUUGGAACAGUGCACAAAGGUGUCUGGAUUCCAGAAGGAGACUCUCUUAAGAUCCCUGUAAGCAUCAAAGUUAUCCAGGACCCGAGUGGCCGACAGUCCUUCCAUGCUGUGACCGAUCACAUGCUAGCCAUAGGUAGUCUGGAUCAUGCAUAUAUUGUCCGUCUCUUGGGCAUCUGUAUUGGUCCCCAGCUGCAACUUGUCACCCAGCUUCUGCCACUGGGCUCCCUGCUGGAGUAUGUUCGCAAAAACAGGGAUGCCAUCGGUCCUCAACUGAUGCUCAACUGGUGUGUCCAGAUUGCCAAGGGUAUGUACUAUCUGGAAGAACAUCGCAUGGUGCACCGCAAUCUUGCUGCCCGUAAUGUUUUGGUUAAAUCCCCGAGCCAAGUACAAGUGGCAGACUUUGGCAUUGCUGAUUUACUCUACCCAGAUGACAAGAAAUACUUUUACAAUGAAAUUAAGACACCAAUAAAGUGGAUGGCACUAGAGAGUAUACACUUUGGAAAAUAUACACACCAGAGUGAUGUGUGGAGUUAUGGAGUGACAUUGUGGGAGAUGAUGACUUUUGGAGGAGAACCUUAUGCUGGAAUUCACCUUUCAGAAGUUCCUGACCUACUGGAAAAGGGAGAACGCCUCUCACAACCCCAGAUCUGCACCAUUGAUGUCUACAUGGUAAUGGUAAAAUGUUGGAUGAUUGAUGAGAACAUUCGUCCCACCUUCAAAGAACUAGCCAAUGAGUUCACACGAAUGGCCCGUGACCCUCCUCGCUACCUGGUGAUCAAGAGAGAAAGUGGGACACUAUCUCCACUUGAGCCACCCACACUCAGUGAAAAGGAGUUAGAUGAGAUGGAGACACUGGAGAUGGAAUCAGAGUUGGAGGAGGAGGAACUUCACAACCUCUUUGCCUCCCGGCAAUGGGUGGACUCCACGCGGCCUCCAAAUCUGCUGAACUCCUCUGCUGGAUACAUCCCCAUGAAUCAAAGCAGCCUCAGUGGAAAUCGGCAGGGUACAGGACUGGGCUCCCGGCAGACUUCGCGCAUAAGGCAGGAGUCGAUGGGUCGUACCAUAUCUGAGUCCUCUGAAGGACGAGGCACAGCCUCCGAGUAUGAUCUCACAGAGGAUAUGUCACUGUCUGGAAGCUUAUGCCGCAGCCUGCAGUCCCGGGGAGACAGUGCUUACCUGUCUCAGCGGGAAAGUCUCAUGCUACCAGUUGGAAAUGCUGAUGGAGAGGAAGACGUCAAUGGCUACGUCAUGCCAGAUCGAAAUGGCAGAGAGCGUGCUGCUGGUAUUGCUGCCUCCCUGUUGCAUAGCUCCAUCCCUGUGCAUGAAGUGGAGGAAGAGUAUGAAUACAUGAACCGCCGUGCUCCACAAUCCUCGCAGCCCCGGCCAGCCUCUCUGGAGGAGCUUGGUUAUGAGUAUAUGGAUCUUGGCUCAGAGCUGAGCGCAUCUUUGGGCAGUGUGCCAAGCUCCCAAUUGACUACACCUUGCAGGGAGGAUGAAGAUGAGGAAGAGGACUACGAGUACAUGAACAAACAGCCCAAACUUAGCAAGUCCCUGAGUAGCAUCCGCAGUUCUCGGGGAGACUAUACCGAUAUGGAUUCUGGCAUCACCCAGGGCUCCCCAGAUGAGCAGGGGUAUGAGGAAAUGGGUGCUGUGUUGCCCCCAGUUCAAUGUCCUGGCUGCCAGAGUCCACCCUGUCCCAAGAAUGGUUUCAUGAAACCCUUGCGCACACUGGAGUCCUCAGACUGUGCUUUCGAUAAUCCAGAUUACUGGCAUAGCCGGAUGUUCAGCAAAGUUGAUGCUCAGAGGACAUAGCUGGGGCCUGGAAACUUCCUCUGACUCUUUAUGGGUAGCUAAAACCCUUGCUCUUUAGCAGCGAUCACACUUUAUGGUGAUUGUGGACUGCAAAGGCAAACGUCUGUUCAUCUCCAAAGCCUCUGUGAUGUUGACCAUAGCAAGCAAAUAUAUCUAGACCAAUGAUGGGCUUCUCAAGAAUUACAGUUUUCCCAUCUUGCAUUGUGGAUCAACAGCCAUACAGGAGGUAUCUUUGGUUCAAAUGCUCUGGACCUGCAAGGCAAAUAGGACCAGUUGGGGAGCACAGUUCAAACUGGAAUCCAUUCCUGUAUACAACCCUAGAGUGAGGCCUGCUUCUGCAGUACAGGCUUUUGAAAGAGACUUGCUAGCUGCUGUUCUAGACAAACAUGCCCUGCCUACAGGUGGAUGACACUGGAAGCAGCUCUGAUAAAGCCAGAGAGAGCCUUCUGUGCUGUCUAGGAAAGUGUUGCGCUCUGGGACAGCCCUCUGUCCACCACAAGCAGAGCAGCCUUAAUCAUGAGCCAAGCAUGCUGAGCCUUACAGAUGGCCAGAAGGCUGAAGGGACAACCUUCUUGAGAAAAAAGAUGCCGACACUUGUUAUAUCUCCCUCUAGCAAGAUGCAUAACAGUAGAGGAGAUGAUUAAUUAUCAGGGUAGAUAUGAAGGAUAAUGGUACUUCUUCUAAGAACUUGUCACAAGCAACCUCACUGAAGAAGCCAGUGUGCCCAAGCAUGGGCUAUGAGAUGACUUUGGGUUUUGCUCCUACCUCUCAGUAAGACAUUUGGCACUCCUGGUUCUGCCUAUGUCAUGAUGUUUCAAUCUGCUGUUAGGAACCCUCAUAUCACAAUGAGAUAUUUGAGAUGGGUGGGUAUUAAUGAAGUCUGAACAUGCAGGAGGCUAACUUCCAUUUUUGGCAGUUAGAUAUUCAUGAUUACAAGCAACUUAAAUUUUAUUUCCUGGCUGUGGAAGAUCUAGCAAUCUCAAACACUGCCAAACCACAAGCAGUAGGGAGAGAGUACCAAUUAUUAUAAGGGGGGGGGGAAUCUUUCUGUUGUCCUAUGCAGAAGAAGCUAGAGGCAAAGAGAUUUUUUGAAAGGCAGUAAUCUUCAUAUUCUUUGCUAGAAAGGAAUAUGGGAUGUUUCUCAGAUUAGGAACCAAGGAAAGAGACUAGCAGUAAUUUAAGCCUUGCUACAACAAAUCGACAAUAGAGAGGAAGUCUCCUUAUUCCUGAAAUUAAUUUCAGUACUUCUGUUGGAAAGGGUAUAAGGUGGAACUCUCAGCUUUAAUGGCAUUAUUUUGAUUCUUUUGAGUCAGGCUCAUUUAUACAAGAGUGUGAUUUGGGACCAAUUUUUCCCUUUCCUCACCACCAUUCCUCCCUACCCCAAGGGCUCGUUACAGAGUACACAACCUUGACAUAACCCACGUGUUCUGGAUUGCAUCACAUAAAUGGGUAUUUACAAAAGGGAAAAAUCCAUCCCAAUUUGGGAGAGGCAAAGGUUGUGAUUUGAGCAUGCUGGGUUUGUUUGUUUGUUUGUUUUUGGAAUCCUGGUGCCGGUUUCUGCACAGUUUGAACAGCGUGUUCCUCUCUUCUAUAAUCGGUCAACAUUCUGGCCCAGCUUAGAAUUUACCAUGCAAAACACUGUUGCAGUCAGAGCAGUUAUCCAGAUUGUUUUAGGGCCCACCCUACUGGGCCCUUUGAAUUCCCAAUGUCUGACUAAAAUUUCAAUGGAGAUUUCAGAAAACCUCCAUAUGUAUCUAAUCAAGUCAGGCUGCUUUGAUGGUUUCUGGUUAAACUACUUCUUUCCCUCUAAAUCACACUGAAGGAAAAAUAAGAGUGUGUAAUAUAAAGGGAAAUUCUAUUCUUUGCCUAUGAGAGCUAUAUCCAACCAUUAUGAUGUAUUUUCAGGUGUACCUCCUUGAACUGACAGUUGAACUCAGCUGGAUUUAAACUGACCUUGAGUUUCAAGGGAUUUUAAAGGAAUCCAUUGCAGGUUCUUAGACUCUGACCAUUAGUGGUCCUUUGCUACUGCUGAUUCUGGGGAACACAAAAUGCUGAUAGAACAAAUCAACUCUGUUCCUGUCCAGAUCAGAAUUCCUUAAGGUACAAUCAUACCUGAAGGGCUGAACACUGCCCAAUUCAUCUGGGUCCUGCCAAUUAGAAGUGCUAGAAAACCAUAUACAAGAGAAGGAUGCUAGAGAUGCUAGUAGGCUGCCCUCUAGUGAGUAAACGACAUAAAAUGUACUGCUAUUUGACUGAACUGAGAAAUUCACUAAAAUGAAAUCUUUGAGGAAAUGGGAAAUACAAAUUUAUUCUCCUCGUUCAUUAAAUGCUUCUCCCAUUCUUUCUGCCUACAUAGCAGAACAAAUAUGGGUAAAACAUUUUAAAUAUAUGAAAUGAAAUGAAAUGAAAUGAAAAAUGAAAUGAAACGAAACGAAACGAA